CGAAAGAUGACGUGUAUCAUCGGGUCCUUGCAACUUCCGUGUCGGUGUAAACAGUGUGCAGUGCUUUCAUACAAAUCUGAAAAAUGUCGAAAGUAACGUUUAAAAUCACACUGACGUCGGACCCUCGGUUACCUUAUAAAGUAUUAAGUGUACCUGAGAGCACACCGUUCACAGCCGUUCUGAAGUUUGCAGCAGAAGAGUUUAAAGUGCCAGCAGCCACCAGUGCCAUUAUUACAAACGAUGGCAUUGGAAUCAACCCUGCGCAGACAGCAGGAAAUGUGUUCCUGAAACAUGGCUCAGAGCUUCGCAUCAUUCCCAGAGAUCGAGUCGGAGGAAGCCACUGUCCUUGGAUUUGACUGUCCAGUGAUUAUCUGUCACAGACGAUGAACAAACUUGUGUAUUUAUUGUCCGGCCUUGAGAUGUCAAUUCUCAGCUACUCUAACAGACACCACUCCGGUUACAAAUCUGUCAAGAGUGCCUCACAGAUCUUACAGUGCCGCCAUCACAGUCCCCUCUCAUAGAUCUUUGUUUGCAGGACAUAAAUAAUAUAGAAAAGUUGUUUUGUGCCCCAGAUUUUAGAAUGAUUAUAUACAACUCUGGUCUUUCACCAAAUUUUCCAGAUUUUCUAGUGAUGUUUCAGACUGUUUAGUUGUUUAUGGAUAUUGUUUUUGUAGCGCACAUUUUCAAAAUCAGAGUUUGAACAGUAUUUAAUGUGAGACAAGGCAAAUUCACAGAAAGCAAAUCAUGAAUUCUUCUUUUUUGAAUUAAUUUUUUUAGGUUCCUAUCAAAGAUAUAUUGUACAAAAGCGAUCUGUUAUUCCUCCCUCCAGAAACACAUGUUUUGAGCUACGUAUUAUAUAAGUAUGAUUGUCAGAUAAUGAAAAUGUCAUUGUGAUGAAAUUCAUCACACUGCCAUUUUGUAGGUCACUAAAUAUAUAAAAGUAUGGGUAAACAAUAAAGCUCUAAAUAGAAUACAAAACAAACAUUUCACAAUAGACUUACUAUGUAAAACAGUGUUUAAUAAAUUAACAUUAUCUUCCCAUACGUAUUAAAAAAUUGCAAUGUUGCAUACAUCAAUUUGUAGUCUUUGAUUUUCAUUUCUAAAAGGUCCACAUUACUAACUUCUCUCGGGUCACUCUAGUCAGCAGUUCUUUUCUUGAAUUAAGGUUUAAAAACAUUGCUUACUGAAGCAUUUGAACAGAACAUUAGACUGAUGAAUUACAGGCCUCUACCUUUGCUUUUACACCCUCUAUUAGUGCUAGGCAGAGGAGGAGGGUCUGACUAUUCUGUCCGAUGUUAUAAUGGAUCUUUCAUUUGUUUUAAUAAAAGAGCAGGCAUGCAGUGCCCUUUCCCUGCCACUCAUUACUGAGGAAAGGGGAGAAGUGCAUUACAAGUAUAGCAAGGCCAACAUUAUUCAAACAGACAUGCUACUUUGGAUCACAUUUGAAAAGGCAUUGCUUGCCUCCAGCCUCAUUUGGCAGGAAAUGAUGCGGUUUGUUCAUUAGCUGUGGAGCAAGCCGUGCUUUUACAGAAAAAAUGAACUCGCCUCCAUAAAAUGUCAAAUUGAAAAACAUCAACAAAAAAAUGUCAUUACAGAUACUUUUGCAGAUGCACUUACCUUAUGAAUUAAAAGAAGAAAGCUUUGAACACAUUGUCUGUGUUUGUACAUACUACACUCAAAAAAAUAUUUU